ACCCGUCCGUUCAGAUGGAAGAGGGGCUGUGCUCAUCUACUCAGCGCUGGGCUGUCGGGCGCUUCCUGUGUUGUGCGUUAAACCCUGGUCUUCCUGUGCAGUCCCUUGAAGUGCAGCUCAACAGGUGAACCGCGAGUGGGAAAUGGCACCAUCCCGGUCAGCUGAAACACUUUCUGGGCGAUGCUAGCAGCAGUUGCGCAUCUCCCCACCAGGCUGCUGCCCACAGGUCGGCACUGGCGCGGCCCACAUUUGAAACUGAACCUUGGUGCUCAUCCAUGUGUUUUUUUUUCAUCAAGAAAUGAGCCUACUCAAAGCACACUGUAAUGUGUUCAGCUAGUUCUGAUCAUGAUUUUUUGGAUUUUUAAAAUGUAAAAUAUAAAUGCAUUUUAUAACAGAAAAUGACUGUGUGUGUGCAUGUGUGUGUGAGUGAAUAAGAUCGACAUCAAUCUUAGACACGGUAAAAAGAGGUCAAAGCACAUUUCCUUUUUAUUAAAUAUACUUCAGUAUCAUUUUUAUUCUAAGGUAGUUAUUUAUAGCAGAUACUGCACAGAGUCACUGGUCAUGUGGUCAGUACUGGUGAAAUCGGUGACAACUCUGCCAGUUUUGGCUGAUGGAGCGGCUCUCUGAAAUGUGUGUUUUGUUCACAGACCUCGAUAUGCCAGUGUCCUGACAGCAUCCGGGAACUGAGCGACUCUAUAGUAAUUUACUUCCGGGUUUAUACGUCACGGUCCUUGUUUAUUAACUUUUCCGGGUACUGGUGGGUGUCUAUUUUAUCCAAUGAACUACAUAUACAGUUAAGUGAUUUUAUUUGUGAAGAUCGGGAGUUAAGCAACAUGACUACCGGCCAAACAUUCUGCUUUAGGUUUUAAAUUCGCGUCGAACACUGCGCCCAUGUAAAACAGGAAAAGUCAGAAAAAGAGCGUAACGUUGCCCGGUGUUAAGAGACGAUGUGUGAUUCUCUUGAUUUCCACGCGCAGCUAGCUGCCAUAAUCGAUGUUUUAGCAAAGUCUGCCGUUGCAGAAAUAAGCAGACUCGUAGACGAUGGUUACUCGCUUCUGCGCUUGGAAGUCUCUCAAAGUCAGAAACAGAACGAGGCUCUGAAGAGGAGAUUGAGGAUGAUGGAGCAGAGGUUUGCUCAAGCGUUGAUCCAGAUUGAGCGAGCCGGAGUGCACGAGAACUUCCUAAAUAAUCGCACUGGGGUCCAUAUUUCAGAAAGAUCAAAGAAAACAACAGAGGAUUGUUCGCUAACUGACGAGGGAAAGGGGGAAAGGAUGAAUGUAACACUAUGCAGCGAUGGAGAGCUGGCAGCCGUGCACGAGGAACCCUCUCCAGGACAGCCUGACGUCACGAGUCCCGUGCAGCUACUAGAGGUGGCAGAGACGGAGGCUAAAUUAACCCUCAUUAAACAGGAGAAGCCCGAAGAGGACCUGCGAAACGGAGCGGUGGAGUGGAGGGCAGGCAGCAGGGAAAAACGUCCCGUUGAGGAAACGCAGAAUAAAGCAGCGAAUCACACAGAGGAGCUCACUGAGCAGCACAGGACCAGACGCGCUGUUUGGGAGGCUGCAGACGGGGAGAAGCGAUCCCUUACAUCACUUCAUAUAAAGGAGGAGAAACCAGAGGAAGUUCUUGGGAACACUGAGAAUCACAGAGAGGAGGAGAACAGUGGGGACAGAUUAGAGGUGUCGGGCUCUGUGACGUGCACAAGGACCAGACACAGCGUUUGGGAGAGUGGCGAAUCAGAAACUCCAAACCAGAGGGCCCAGCACAGGAAUCCAGAGAGUCUGGCCUCAGAGCCCAUCGCCCAUGAGAGGCCGGGUCAGCUAGGAACUCUGCUUCCCAAAAUGACCUCUGACCCUCAGACUGGGGACCCGUCGUGCUCUUUCUCUGCAGAAACGGGCAUGGAGAGCCUGCAGGUCCGCUCAGAGCCGCAGUCGGUUCCCGUCGCGGCGGAAGGUCCUGGCGACAAGCUUUCUGCUUUGUCUUCUCUGGAGUGGGAUUCUGAGCUUGAGCAGAUGGACUUUGUGCCGGCUGAAGAGCAGGCCGGAAUAUUUGCAGCUUGGAGCGAAGGCGCCGUUUCAGAAAGAGUUCUUACACAACACAGGCUUUACAGUCAAGUACAGGACAAAGAAGAAACACAACCUAGAGCACAGUUUGGUAAACAUUUAGCUGUGUCCAAAAACCACAGCAUGCAAGAAAGAAUCGGUAGAAGUGUGAAGCAGUUCUCUUAUCCUAAAUUUGAGAACAGCUUUGGUAGUUUUAAGGACAAUGAAUUCCAACAGGGAACUCUCACAGAAGAGACACUGUUCAACUGCAUGCAGUGUGGAAAGAGCUUUGCUAAACUACGUGAUCUGAAGGGACACCAGAGAGUUCACACUGGAGAGAAGCCAUUUGCCUGUUCACAGUGUGAAAAGUGCUUUUCUUACCAUCACCAGCUGAAAACCCACCAGAGGAUCCACACGGGCGAGAAACCCUUCAUUUGUACACAGUGCGGAAAGCGCUUCACUCAGUCCAGUCACAUUAAGAGACAUCAGGCUGUGCACACGGGAGAGAAAAGAUUUAGCUGCACGCUGUGUGGAAAGAGGUUCUCUCAGUCGUGUGGUCUUAAGACACAUCAGGCUGUACACACAGGAGAGAGACCGUUCAGUUGUUCACAGUGUGGGAAGAGUUUCUCCAUUUUAGGGAAUCUUCUGAGACACCAAAUAGUUCAUACUGGAAAGUAAACAUUUCAUGCUUUCUUUUUCUUUUUUUUAACCUUUGAAUCAUGUUUGUCAAAAUAUUGUCAAAAUGCUUUAGACAAUGAAUAUAGUGGGUGUAUCCAUUGUGACUGGUUUAACUAGUCAUGUGCUGAGUUGCAUUUCAAAGGCUUUUCUGUAUUUUGUAUACAAGUGUCACUGAUUUUUGAUCUGUAAUAAUUUGUUGAACAUCAUGUGCUUGAAAGCAGUUCUACAAAGGCUGUUUGACCUCUGGUUGGACAGAAUAAACCAGAGGAAAUGAGUAUGAA